CAAACAGUCAAACACUUCAAGUGUAAUAUGUUUUGUACUUCAAACAGUCAAACUGACUUUUAUAAUAGGUUAGGUUGCUUGUUAAAAAUUACAAAAUUUCCCAAAAUUUUUUCCAAUGACUGAGGAUACACUUUUCGAGCUCCUUCACUCUGAAGUGGUACAUUAUGCAUUGCAAAACGAUGAACGAUCUAACCAGGAUGAAGACCUCUCCAUUAUAGAAUACAUAGGAUUUUCAGUUGGUUAUAGAAUAAUUGAAAGACUAACAAAGGACAUGUCUCGCUUCAAGGAUGAACUAGAUACAAUGAAAUUUAUCUGUACAGACUUCUGGUCAGCUGUUUAUAAGAAACAAAUCGAUAAUCUGAGGACAAAUCAUCAAGGUGUAUAUGUGUUGCAGGAUAACAGUUUUAGAUUUUUAACUAAAAUCUCAAAUGGAAAACAGUAUUUAGAAGCUGCCUCCAAAUAUGUUGCAUUCACAUGUGGUGUUAUAAGAGGCAGUCUGUCCAAUUUGAACAUAAGCUGUUUAGUUACAGCUGAGGUACAGAAUAUGCCAUCAUGUAAAUUCCAUAUACAGGUUCAGAGAACCUAACUUGUUUGUUAGAUGUGUAUUUUAAGUUUAUUGUUUUUGUAUUUCUUAAUAGGUGAAAAGUAAAUAUAUAUAUAUAUAUACAUUUUAA